CAAUGGCAGCGCGCGUUGUUGGGGGGUGACGGGAAGAAGACGCCGCCGAGGCGCCGCCUUUUCCCUUUCGUCGCCGUGCUGCCGUCGCGAGCGCACGUCGCAGGCCUCUCUCCCGCGCCGCCCCCCAUCCCUCCGAGAUGCGUUACGUCGCGGCCUACCUGCUCGCCGUCCUCGGCGGCAACGAGUCCCCCACGUCCAAGGACCUGAAGAAGAUCCUGGACAGCGUCGGCAUCGAGACGGACGACGAGCGCGUGAACAAGGUCAUUAGUGAGCUGAAUGGAAAAAACAUUGAGGAUGUCAUUGCUCAGGGUAACGGAAAACUUGCCAGCAUGCCGGCGGGAGGAGCCGUGGCCGUCUCUGCUGCCGGGGGCUCUGCUGCUCCAGCUGCAGGCGGUGCUGCCCCUGCUGCAGCUGAGGAGAAGAAAGAAGAGAAGAAAGAAGAAUCUGAAGAAUCUGACGAUGACAUGGGAUUCGGCCUAUUUGAUUAAUUAUUUGUUAUAGAAAUAUUAUUAAAUGUUUGUUCUUUUAAAA